AUGAGUUGCAAUGGAUGCCGGGUUCUUCGAAAGGGAUGUAGUGAGAACUGUAUUUUGAGACCUUGUUUGCAGUGGAUUGAAAGCUCUGAAGCCCAAGCCCACGCCACUGUCUUUGUGGCCAAGUUCUUCGGCCGUGCUGGCCUCAUGUGCUUCAUCUCCGCCGUGCCGGAAAACCAAAGACCCUCUGUGUUCCGGUCCUUGUUAUUUGAAGCAGCCGGAAGAACGGUGAACCCUGUGAAUGGGGCGGUGGGGCUUUUAUGGACAGGGAAUUGGCACGUUUGCCAGGAGGCGGUGGAGACCGUCCUCUGUGGUGGUGCGUUGAGGCCAAUCCCGGAGUUUACCAGCAGUGAUUCAGUGGCUGAUGAUGCCGAUCCAUGCCUGUAUUCAAGAUCCAAGCAUCUAAAACGCCAUCAUUUUCCAGAUGAACCUGCCAAGACAACUCAAUUAGCUGAUCUUGAUAUUAGUUUAACACCUUGUAUACAGAGUAAGAAAGAUAGCCCUCUGCCGGAGAAGCGGCGGCUCGGAAGUCCGAUGAAUUCUGAAGAAUCAGUGACCACUUUUUGUGGAGAUCAGCUGGCAAGUGAACCAAAGCUUCUUAACUUGUUCAAGUAG